CGGGCAAGAAUGUUUAAGUAAAAUUAGCUGCUCUUUCUUUUUUUUUUACGUUUUAAAGAGUUUUAAUUCCUGCUUCAUGGAAGUCUUUCAAAAAGUUUGACUUAUUUGUGCUGUUUGGGUGGAAGCAGAUUUUACCACAAUUUGGAGUACAAGGCGUUUUCUUCUUGUUCUUCAAUCGGACCGUCAAAUGGGGAUCAUCACUGGGACAACUAUGUCGCGCUCGGCUCUGAUCUAUAUAUACGGAGCCGUAAGUCUCGCCUUGAUAUGUACUUUCUCGGUUCCUAACGGGGUCGACGGCAGAAAACUCUUCGACGUUUACUGGAAUUCAUCGAAUCCCAUCUUCCGUAUAGACAACACUGACCAUAUUAUUGAUGUCAACAAGGGAAAUAUACCUUUUGAAUACGACCAAGUCAAUAUUAUAUGUCCAGUCUACACUCCAGGGACAGAAGAAGAAGACGUAGAAACCUAUAUAAUAUAUAAUGUUUCUAAGGAGGAGUAUGAUUCUUGUCGAAUAAACAACCCCAACUCACGAGUUAUUGCCGUCUGUGAUAAGCCUCAUCAGCUCAUGUACUUCACAGUCACAUUUCGUUCGUUCACCCCCCAGCCUGGCGGUUUAGAAUUCAAGCCUGGCCAAGAUUAUUAUUUUAUAUCGACAUCUGGUGGAAGGCUUGAUCAACUAAACCAGCGUAUGGGUGGACGCUGUGCUUCUCGUAAUAUGAAGAUUAUCUUCAAAGUGUGCUGCGAUCCCACGAAAAAGAAGAGCACUACUGCCAUCAGCUCGACUGUGUCAAGUGCAACAUUUCCCGCCCGUAAGCCUUUGGUUACACCUUCUACCAUCACCACUACGACCACCACCAUGCAGCCAACAUCUACAGAUGCUGACGUACUAUUUGGAUGGUUUAAUCCGCGUUUCCCUCUAAGCCACCAACAAUUAAGACCUAUGUAGUGCCAUCUCGAGAAGACAAGAAAAAAAUAAUUCCCAAGAAGAACGAAAACAAAGACAAACAGUCGAAAGAGACACGAGCUAAAAACGAAGAACUGGUCAACAACACAGCGUCCGAUUUCCACGGAAUUCGCGUGCCAGUGGUGUCGCUAGUGUCGCUAUUCAUUGUAAUUUUUCAGACAAGAUGAACUUCGUCGAUUAAGAAGUACUAUAUUAAAACUUUUCAAUAUUUUGCCGUGUACAGCUGUACCAUAGUGCCCUGUAAUAUAGGUGUUGAAAAAAAAAGGCUCCGACCGAGAAGCCAAUGGACAUCUGGUCAGUGAACAAGUCGUAUUUUUUUUUUAAGGAGACUGUUUUUCUCCUUGUUCUGAUUACUAAAGUUUAAAUGUAAACUUAUCAAUUCGGUAUAUUAUUCAAAGUGAACGUACCCGCUAGUUAACAAUGAUUAGGGCUUUCCAGGUGGAGUUGCGAGCUUUGCGAAAAUAAAUUUCCUUCAAAAAAACGUGUAAAAGAAGUACAUUUUGAUUUGCAGCAUCUUGUAGUCUAUCUACAUUGCUAAUCUACAGUGAUCUGGAAUAAGACUUUGUAUUGAUAACAACAAAUACGACAACAUAAAUAUAAAGUAUCUUUGAAAUGUUUGCUCUUUCAAGCCACUGUUCAAAAUUUAUAACUAUAUUUGUUUUAAUUUGUCGCCUACAAAUAUGAAUGUUAAAAAAAAUCAGUUGAAUUGGCAUUUCUACUGCAGUUGUGUAGAGUCACGUGACUCCUUUCGUGUAAGAAUUAUUACCCAGCAAAUCCCAUAUGUGUUAAUGAUAUGGUAUUAUUAUUAUCGACUCAAAGUUAUAAACAGUUUGUAUUUCAUUUUCUACCUAUAAAUGUGACCGAUCAUGAACAGUAAAAUAAGUCGAAUUGGCAUUUCUAAUGUCAUUGUGUACAGUCACGUGACUCGUGUCGUGUAAGAUUUGGUGCCUAGCAAACUCUAUAUGUAUUGUUAGUAAAACAUUAUUAAAGACUUAGAGUGCUGUUUACCAAGUUGCUUUAGAAAAAAUGAAAAGUUGUUAUCCAGUUAAUAUUUCUUAACAUUAGUUUGCUCACUUAUUCGUUUGAUGACAUAUGGUAAUUAUUUGUAAUGUGGUAAAACUGUAACGCAGAUCAGACAGUUACAAUAAUUACCAUUGCAAUAGUUCUCAUACUUAAUACAAAGGUACAUUGACUAAUGAGACAUAUUAUAUGGUACUUUGACCAAUCAUAUGAUUUAAGACAUUAUAUAGUGCAAUGGCCAAUCAUAUAGUUUAAGACAAUGCGUGAGAUUGGUAUUUAAUCCAGUUAAUACAAAUUUCGAGCACUUUACGCGAUUUCUACUGCUAUAUCUCACUUAUUUCGUUCGUACUUGAUUUAUUGUUCUACUAAUCCCAAUGUUGUGUGGAUUCUGUCGAAUGAUAUUAACAUUGAGUUACGACAAUCUGUUAUCCGCGGCAAUGGUAGUCAUGGAAACAAAUAAUUGUGUGGAAUAAUAUUAUCACUGAGUUACAGCAGUCUGUUAUCCGCGACAAUGGUAAUCAUGAAAACAAAUAAUUGAGUGAAACGAUAUUAACACUUGGUUUAUCGUAGUCUGUUAACCGCAACAAUGGUAGUCAUGGAAACAAAAGGAAAUUAUUCUUCUCAGAAUGUGGUAAAUACUUUGUUUAGGGAGGAAAGUACGAAGUAAUACAAUCAAGUAUAGAGUCACAUGUUAAUUAAUAACCAAUUUCCUAUGAUAUACGAGUUUGAAGUAAAAAUAUGUUGGUCAACACGACGGGAACCAAAGAUUUGCCGAAAUUGAAGGUCAGGUUCUAUUUAAAAACUAUUGUGCCAAAUAGUAUCUAGUGCACAGUGCCUUAUGAGUACAGUGACCUUAGUUCAAGCACAUUAAAUCCACUCAGCAUUAUUUUUUAACCAUGUUAUUUUAGAAUAAACGUGUCCAAAUAGAUCCUUCUAAUAAUUUGGAUAAUCUAAGCAAAUUAACAGUUGUUAUUAAUUGUGUUUUUUUUAUUUUAUUUAAAUUUUAUUUUCAAAACGUCGUAAGAGAAGGUGUUUUCGCCAUUACAACUUGUUAAGAGUUCUGUUUAAAAGUCAACUUUAUGUCUUGCCUAAAAGCACACAUUUCAAACAGAUUAGGAAGUAUGAGUUAUAACACUGCAUAGCAGGAAACAAAUUCCAGUGGACGUUUUUUUCAUUUUAAAAUAAAUUCAAGUGGACAUUUUUUUAUCUAAAAUAAAUUCCAGUGGACAUUUUUUAUUUUAAUCGAUAGUGCUUAAGUGACUACAGAGUUGCGCAGUAUCGAAUUUUAAAUACGAGGUCUAGCCAACGUUUGUAAUGAUUUGUUUUUUCAAAGAAAAAGUACGAUGAAGAAAUAAUCUUUCCUCCGAGUUGAUGCUAAAAAUAACAAUAGCCAGUGAAAACAAUUAGCAAUAGACUGUAUGAGGUAAAACAGUUUGGUAUAAAGUAUUUGAACUGCAUUAUUGGAACUGUAUUCUCAAUAUUAGUGAUUUUUGUCUAUAAGUUUCAAUAUUUAAAAAAAUAUAUAUUUAUUUAAAAGCAAGUAAUAACCUGGUUAUAGUUUUAGAUACAGGAAACAUGCCACUUAAAACCUUCCUAUUAUUUUUGUGUGAUCUGUUGCUGUUUAUACUCUUUUGUCUGAAUUUGUUUACUUGUUUUAGAGCAAAGCUACAUUGGGCUAUCUGUUGUGUCCACUGUGUGGAAUCAAACCCCGGAUUUUAACGUUGUAAGUCCGUAAACUUACCGCUAAAUUUGACUAAAUAUGUGACAUUGAAAUCAGGAUUCAGGCUUAGCAGUUCUCGAGUGAAAACAAUAACUGUAUACUCGGUAUCGUAAAUAUAUAAAUAGCUUUCCAAGAUGUGAUUUGCUAACUUAUUGGUUCAACUGUAGUAUUUGGAAUAAAUUUCCGAGAUAUUAGGAUGCGUUAUAUAGAUAUAUAUAAGACCUUGCUAGUAAUUUUCCGAACCAGAAGUUUGUUUGUUUGUUUAACCAGUAAUAAAUGAAACACAUAUUUUUUUUGAACCUCAAAUUCUUUAAAAACGUAAGAAAUUAUUGGCGUGUCUGUGAAUGUCUAAAACGUACUUAGAUAUGUGAGACACUUACAUUGAUAUUUAUAGAAAGGCCUUAUUCACCAAUAGGUAUUAUGAACGUAUUUGACCUGAUUUUUUUUUCUUCCAGUUUUCUCUCUUGUUUUAAGUUUAAACUGUAUUUAAUAGAAUUAUAAUACUAAGCUCGUGGUUACCCUCAACCUACUGUUGCUGUACAUCAUCUGAUAGUAUCUUUAAAAAAUAAACAAAUAAAUACAAAGAAUGAGAAAACCAAUGGGCGUGUACAAUAAAAUGUUGGGUCAUGUUCAUGUUGACAGAAAUAAACCAUGUGGUUUUCUUUGGUUUUACCCCAACUUUGUGUUUAAAUGUUGUCGUAGCUGAGGUUAUGGACUUGUCCAGGGGGUUUGAGUUAGGUCCAAAUGGGUGGGUUGGAUACAUUUUCUGCUGGGUUUUAAAGUUCACUUCAGUAUUAAACUGUUUGUAGCAUGUAAAAUGUUGGAGUGUGUAGCUAGCUGUAUAGUUGACUUUUGUGGCUUUGAAGCACGUAAAGUGGAUUGAUAUCAUGAAGAUGAGAAGAUAUAUCACUAUUAUACCAUACUUCAGGAGGAAUUGGAACAAGGAAUUAACAUCAUUGUUAUACCGUAUUUCAAGAGGAACUGGAACAAGGAAUUAACAUCAUUGUUAUACCGUACUUCAGGAGGAACUGGAACAAGGAAUUAAUAUCAUUGUUAUAGCGUAUUUCAAGAGGAACUGGAACAAGGAAUUAAUAUCAUUGUUAUAGCGUAUUUCAAGAGGAACUGGAACAAGGAAUUAACAUCAUUGUUCUACCGUAUUUCAAAAGGAACUGGAACAAGGAAUUAACAUCAUUUUCUACCGUAUUUCAAGAGGAACUGGAACAAGGAAUUAACAUCAUUUUCUACCGUAUUUCAUGAGGAACUGGAACAAGGAAUUAAUAUCAUUGUUAUACCGUACUUCAGGAGGAACUGGAACAGGGAAUUAACAACAUUGUUAUACCGUACUUCAGGAGGAACUGGAACAGGGAAUUAACAACAUUGUUAUACCGUACUUCAGGAGGAACUGGAACAAGGAAUUUAUAUUACUUUUACACCGUACUUUGCGAAGAAUUGGAACAAGGAAUUAAUAUCACUGUUACACCGUACUUUGCGAGGGAUUGGAACAAGGAAUAUCACAGUUACACCGUACUUUGCGAACGAUUGGAACAAGGAAGAGACAUGUUGCAAACAUUUGUAGAAAUAAUCUAUUUAUUACCUGAUGGAAGGUUUAUAUGUUUAAGUGAUGUGAUUCUGGCAUAGCUUGUGAUGAAAGAUGUUUUACCCGGUUCUUAAUCUGCUCAAUGAAACGUGGCUGAAUUUCAUACAAAAAACAAAAAAAAA